AGCCCAACAACAACCUCACUCUUACUUUCAACCAUUCAUUUUCCAGAACAACACUUGCAGUUGUAAAAGAUCAUUGAUUAUGUGGGAGGGUGUCUGUCAAACUCUAAAUAAUCAAAUUGCAUACAUAUCUCACGAUUGGUCUACUUUCACUCCUUUUUCUAGGUCAUGUACAUACAUACAACAAGAGAGGAAAGUACUAUUUUGAUGUGCAAGUCUUGAUUUUCUCGCCGUGCCUGUCACUGCCAGUUACUAACGGGCGAGGCGGCGUUGGCAAUCAAUACUUUAUACAUACUUACGCUUACUCUUUUCUCUUAUUCUUGUUGUGGCUGCAUUUUCUAUUAUUUACUCCAGUUUAUAUUUUGAAGUUGAGAAAUAAUUCCAGUAGUUCACUUCUGUCUAAGACCUUACACUGUUUGGUAGUAAGAUCAAGUAGGACAUGUCGUUGGAAGACAAUUUUAGCCUAGCCCUUGCCGACAUUAAGAACCAUCUGCCUCCGAAAAGCCUACAUUACUUGACGUCAAUACUUCAGAAGGGCUGGGAUAAUGUCGAUAAAGGCAACAUCGACAACUACAGCGAUGGGGGGACGGUGACAGGAGGCGAUCCCAACCACAGUUCAAAUUGGAGUGAGUCAAGUGGGAGCAGGGGAAUUGGCACAUUACUAUCUGCAGACUUUAGUGACAAGCAAAGUGGUGACGGUGACGACGACGAGGCUGCUGAGAUUGGUCGUCCGAGGUCAGAGGAGGAUUUGGAGUGUGAAAAAGCCAAGGAACGGGUGAAUAACAAGCAUACGACGAGUGUCACCCUCCCCUUUCUGCCCUCAUUAUUGGCCGAUCAAGAUACUGUAGGAGAACGAAGGGCCACUGGUGGUGGUGGUGGAAGGAGAUACCUUCAUCACUUGUCGGCGUCACCUUAUUUACACCAAGCUUCUCUGGGGAUCACUUUGAGGCAGAAAAAUGAACCUCUCUGCUCUCAUCUAUUUCCCAUUUGUCGGAAAAUCCUCGCCAAAACGCCUCCUAUUCAACGACCAGGCACAAAAAUAGGAGUCGUGGAGGAGGAUUUGGGUGUCAAAUCCGUUUCCGAAGUCGUUGAGAGGGAAGAGAAGAAUCAGAUUCGCAGCAGUGAGAGGGACAGUCCGUAUCAAGAACUAAUCGGGAAAAUAUCCGAGACACGGGUGCAGAAGGACUUUGCCAGGGUGCCAGCAGCUGUCCUGCUGGCCACCAUCGCCGCAAAGGAGCCAAAGGCGACAAACCGAAACAGACACAGGAAGAAUAAGAAAGACCAGGAACAAGCCGGGGUUUGCGACUUUUCGAGGCCAAUCUCCAACCCGCUGUACAAAGUGUACAACCCCAAAGGAUAUCAGAAGACGGAUGACGAAGUCGUGUUGGAACACAUUGAAAAAAUCGGACGCGAAUUCAACGAGUGGCUGAGCACGUUGGAGGGAGACGCCGUACAACUCGAUCUUCCACUCUUGACCAGAAUCCUUCGUCACGAGCUGCAAUUCCCGGACAGAGAGUGACACCAACUAAACGAGCAGCCGAGAAAGUGGUGAAGUGAUCGGAGUCUGAUAUACCUACCAUCACACAACCUUCCCUACAACAACUCGGAGCAAACUUGGGAUAAACUUCCCCUAGCGUGCUGAGCGACAUAGCGUCCGAAUCACGAGAAGAGAAAGUCAGACACUAAUUCAGUCAGUCAGUUUCCAACUUGAAAACUGUUACCUUCUUCUGACUUGUAUCUACGAGGGUGAUGUUUUGUUGUUGUAAUUUCGUAGAUUCUUCUAGCCCAACACCAAAUUUAUCGCGUAAACGUAACCUUUCAUUGCAAUAUACAAUUCCAAAACUCGACUUGUUUAAGAUUACUCACAUUUUUAUCGCCCCAUCAAUAUUUUGUAAAACGUUGCAGGAGGCGAUAAGUAAUAAAAGAAGGAUUGUACG